AUGGAGGAAGAGGAGAUGCUUACAAACUCUAAACUAGAGGACGUCUUGAAGGUUGAAUCGCUUGUGGAAGUAGCCAAGAUCCAUUCGGGUCUACGUAGAAAUGAUGCUACUGAAGCUGACCUUGUCCGUACUCUGGGUAUCACAGCAGAAGUAGCUGAGCAAUGCAUGGACUCUCUCACUAGGGACAGGAAGGGCUCGAGAACGGGGAGGGUAGCUAGUGAUGAGCUCAUUGCUGGCUUGGCAUGGUAUUGUGGUAAUGCGAAGGUAAGCGAGAGGUUAACAUUCCUGGAGGAAGCCAACAUUCCCCCUGUUGCUGUGGUCAUUGGAGUUGCUCGAGUUGGGGGGUUUUCAUACAUACCCACUUAUAACGAAUUGACCUCCUCUACCAUUCCUACAGAUGCUGCCUACGCAGCUAGGGUGAGGGUUGGUCUCAAGGCCUUGGGGGUAGACAUCGCCCAGGAGGAUGAGGACAAUAGCGCAAAUGAUAGUGAUCCGCCGGAGUGGAUGAAUACACUACGGGAGGGGCCAGGGGCUCGUAGGGCCUAUUUACCUCGUCAGCCUCCGAGGGAGGUCACUGCAUUGAGCCCUCUGGCGAAUCGAAGGCUCAAGUUGGAGGGUAUCGGAGAUCAUACCUCCUCUUGCGAUGGACCCAACAUGACCAUGGACAAGGUGGAAGAGCUAAAAUAUGUCUUCCGACUAUUGGACACUGACAAUACCGGCUACAUCAAGCCUGUGAUUGAGGGGAUCAUACGUGAGCAUGGUGGGGUAGGGAAGGAGGGGGCAGUGUUGGUUACCUAUGGCCAAUCUAGGAGCUCUUCCUCCAACUCGGAUUACGAAGGGAAGGGGGUUGUAGAUCUUAGACGAUUGAGAGAAUACUUCUCGACCGCUCUCAAUGACCCUGAUGAUCUAGAUAGAGUACUCAUAGGGCAGAAGGAUGAGAGGGUCCUUGAGGAGGAUGCAAGUGAUGUACUCUACACUAGAGAUGACUUCAUCCGCAUGAUACUACCAGAAGGGCUGGUCCCCUGUGCCUAUCCUACCCCUAGAUCUGUACGUGCAUCUAGCAAUGAGCUAUGGAGAUCUCGACAUGCACGCAGGCUCGAGUCGGUAUCAAAUGUGCCUACCUCACUGCAGGCCCCCAACGAUGAACAGCAACAGGAUAGCCCACAAGUGGGUGAGGCGGCACGCUCUGUGCCCUUCGGGGACACUGAAGGCUUUUCGGCCGGGGAGUCGGACCUUCCUCCAUGGGGCCAGCUUUCAAGGCCCACUGAGGCCCAUCAUUGUAGUGUCACCGAUAUCGAGGAAGGCCAAGCCUCUAACACACCUCAAGAGUCUAACCCUCCUCCCAUCUACUGCUGCUACCUCUCCAUACGGAACGGCGAGUGGCGGCUUUUCCCUUGGGAUGUCGAGAGGGAACUCGAGGCCUCUUACCAGGCCUUUAUAGGCUUUGCCACACAAGAUUUGAGCCAAGUUGACUUCGCCAACUUUCGUGUCACCAUCGGGAGUAAUCAUUACCGCGUCAACUUCAUCGAUAUGAUGCAGUAUAACUCUUUUACGGGAGUGGGUCGGCCCGUCAGGAGGAUUGCCCCAGUAGAAGUGAGUGUGGAUCCCACCAGACGACUGCCUCAAGGGGUACGAUGGAAAUGGUUGGAUUCAUCCCGAGGGGUAAAGUGUAUGGGGGAGGGUACAGGGGCCCAUAUUGAGAUACUAUUCAAUCUGUAUAAGAACGACUUCAAGUGGAUGACAUCAAAGAGGAAUGGGGGAAUGGUUGUUCGACCUCUCUUCCGAAUGGAUCAUGCCACAAUCACUCACCCACUGGAGGUGCGAGGUGAAUACCAGGAGGAUGAGAGCAGCAAAAUAGCUGCAGUGAUGAUGCAAUACCAUCCUUGGUUGACCAGGGCCACCCCAAGGGUUAGCAGACCACAUGACUGGCUCACCAAUGAGGUCUUCUUCAACAACAUCUUCCUGCCAGCCAUGGAGAAAGCGGGCUUAACGGUAACGGCUGGGUUCGGCAGCACGGAUAUCUUCGACUAUUCCUAUAACACUGACUUUCGCCAUCUCACGAGUAAUGGGCAGCGGACAGUAGAGAUGCGGGGUGGGCAGCAGUACUUCCCACCCUAUGGCUGGAAGAGGUUCGCAGUAGCGGUUCGUGGGUGCUACGACUCGGGUGAUAACUCCUGGUUAGGUGGAAGGGCUGGUUCCAGAAGUGAUGGUAAAGAGUGGGCCGUUGCUUAUCAUGGUACUAGUGCUGCUAACCUACCAGGUAUCCUAGCACAGGGUAUUAAGCCAGGAGUUAGGCAGAACCACUCUCAAGAGCUUGGUAUUGAACAUGGGAUAUACUGCUCACCCUAUCCUGAUACUGCUGGGGUGUAUAAUGAUGAUGAUGAUGAUGAUGAUGAUGAUGAUGAUGAUGAUGAUGAUGAGCAUGGCUGA